AUGGACCCCGCCGCCGCCCUGCCCACCCCUCCCACCACCCCGGUCAAGACACCAUCACCAACCACCACCACCACCACCACCAAGGCCUUCGUCAUCCGGCCCUCCUCCACCGGCGGCAUGGGCGCCUAUGCCACGCGCGCCCUCGCCCACAACGACGUCAUCCUCGAGGAGACGCCCCUGCUCGUCGUCGCCGAGCGCAGCCACCUCUUCGCGGCCUUGGCCCGGCUCAGCCGCAAGAGGCAGACCAAGGCGCUGAAGCUCCACGCCAGCGACCACUUUAAGCCCGGCACGCCGUGGCUGGAGGCCGUCUGGGACACCAACAGUUUCGCUACGGGCGUGAGUCGCGAGACGGGGCUGUUCCCCAUUGCCGCUCGCUUCAACCACGCGUGCGAGCCGCGCGACAAUAUCCACUGGGCGUAUGAUGCCGCCCGGCGCCGGCUGCGUCUGUGGGUGGGCGCGGAGGAGGGCAUCGCCGAGGGGGAGGAGCUCAAGAUUUGCUACGGGCGGACAAAGACACCGGAGCUGCUGUACCGGUGGUAUGGAUUCCGAUGCGCGUGUGGCGCCUGCGAGGGGUUGAGCGAUCAAGAGGUGGACAGCUUCUCGGUCAAAUGGUGA